AUGGGCAUCACCACACCCCUGCCGGGCCUCUUUCACGUGCCCCUUAGCUUUCUUUCAUCACCAAACUUCUGGUGGUAUACUUUCUGGCUCUUGUGGGUGCACCGCUACCUGCGUCUAGUCGUUCACGUGGUUAGCCACUGGACCUACAAGUCGAAGCCUAUUCCCAUCAAGCCUAAAUACUGCUCUAAUGACGUGACGGUCAUUAUUCCUACCAUUCACAACGCCUUCGAGGAGCUUCGUCCCUCACUGGAGAGCAUCCUGGCUUGUCGACCGUAUGAACUGAUCCUCGUGACAACGUUGGAUAAGCACGCGGCGCUGGAAAGACUGGUGAAAACCCUCUCGACUUCUAAUAUUCGCGUGCUGUCCGGGCCUAUUGCCAACAAGCGACUUCAAGUCUGCGAGGCGCUUCCCAAGGUGAGGACCGAAAUUACUAUUAUGGCAGAUGACGAUGUUACUUGGCCGUCCACUCUCAUCCCGUGGAUCCUUGCUCCCUUCGAAGACCCGAAGAUCGGAGGCGUUGGCACUUGCCAACGUGUACGCCGAGAGCCGGACGGAUCCCUGUCGACCCAGAUCUUCAACUGGCUCGGAGCAGCCUACAUCGAGCGCCGCAACUUCGAGAUCUCAGCCACCCACAAUGUUGACGGAGGAACUUCUUGUAUGUCUGGCCGUACCGGGGCUUACCGAUCGGAAAUCUUGUCGAGCCAUGACUUUUUGGAGGGGUUCAAGACCGAGCGAUGGCGCGAUUAUAUCCUGAACGCUGACGACGACAAUUUCGUGACCCGCUGGCUGGUGAGCCACCAAUGGAAGACCUGGAUCCAGUACGAACGCGAAUGUGAGAUCGAGACUACCCUCGAAAAUGGCCUUAAAUUUCUCUAUCAGUGCUCGCGAUGGGCGCGAAGUAACUGGCGAAGCAACUGGACGAGUUUGGUUCGAGAGAGAUAUGUGAUUACUCAACAACCAUGGUCCACUUACGCUCUUCAUAUUGCAACCUUUACUUCCCUAGCUUUCCUCGUUGAUCCCCUUUUACUGGCUUCUCUCUGGUGGGGCACCGAGGGUUGGGACUUGGAAGUUCGCCAGCGCUUGUUCUGGGCUCAGUUUAUCUACAUGUUCGCUUUCACUAAGGUGGUCAAGCUAAUCGGACUCUUUCGACGUAACCCGACCGACAUUAUCUUCCUCCCUGUCUCCAUCAUAUUCGGCUACUUCCACGGUUUGAUCAAGCUAUACGCUCUGAUAACCUUGAAUAUGACCUCUUGGGGUAGUCGACCCGAUGGUGAUGCUAACGACGCCUUGCGUAUGUCUCCUCGUCCUAGAAGGAGCAACAGCAUUGCGACGCCUUCGCCUCGACAUGAUGAUCUCGAACGUAUGAUCAGCAACGCCUUGGCCUUGCGCAACCACCGCACCAAAUAUUCCGAGAAAGAACUGCUUCUUGACUACGAGAGAGAAAUCCCGCCGAUCGCCGUGGUUGCGGGACUAUCCUAG